UAUUUAAAAUUGUUUAGUUUUUUUUAUUUGGGGAAUUAUCAAAAUUCUUGUAUAACAAUGUUUUUACAAAACUACGCUAAACCCACCACCAACUGGGUGGCACGAGACAUGCAACGUCAACGCGAGUUCGUCGACAAAUAUAUGCGUUCGAUAGAUGUACCAGACUGGUAUCGUGGCUUAUCGUCAUUUCAAUAUCGUGCGGCCAGAAAUUUACUUUAUGCCAUUCGUGACGACCUCGAGCAGGACACUUCGCAUCGUGUGCGUGACAUCUUGAAUACGAUCGGUUUACGCCCACCGAUAUCGAAAAAGAAUGUACGAUUUAUCAUGAAAUUGAGUCGUGGAAAUGAUUUGGCCUUUCUGUGGUUUCUAAAAGAUUUACAUUACACAACGGGGGAACCGGGUUACAAUACGAAUGAACAGUUGAUUUUAUCAUGUAUAGCUUAUUUGGAUUUAAUUUUUACCAUACGCGGACUAGAUAAUCUAUUACCGGCCGGACAACCACCAAAAAAGACACCACCCAAACGUAAAAUGAGUAAAAUUGUAAUCGAACGAAUGUCUAGACGGAAAACGGAAUACAGCAAGUUAUUACCACGUACAUUACCUAAACAAACUGGCUCCUUCAACAAGCAAUACAAGUUGCCAUAUCUCGAGCGUCAACGACGUCCACGUCCAUUUGGUAAAUCGCUUACAGCACAUCCACCCGAAAAUGUAUUACAACUGAAAUUUUUGGAAGUCUUCAAAGAUCCAAAUUACGUUAUACCAAAUGAGUCCAGUCGUUGGUUUUCCAAUUACGAACCCAAUGAAGGCCGUAAAACUGCGAAUAGUCUGGUUAAUCAAAGUUUGGAUGAAAUUUUCAAAGCAAAUUUAGUCAAAAUUCCCAGUCAAGUCUUUGAGGCACAAUUAUUUAAGAGCCUAAGAUUAUCGGGUACGUCAUUGAGAAAAAAUAGUCGAAAUGAAUUAGGCAGAAAUAUUUUAUGUGAACAUCAUAAAGUCAUGCAAGAGAUGGAGAAGAGUCUAGAGCUCGAGUUACGUGUGAUAGCGCUCGAGAAGUGUCGAAAGUAUUUUGAUUUGGAUAUACCAAAGAAAGAGAAACGCGUCGCUCGCCUGCGCAAACAGAUUGAGAACGAUGUAAAUCUGCAUUUGUUGCGAUUCCGGCAAUUGGCUGACAAAUCACGAAGUCAACUGCUUUUAUGGGGCAAGAAUGACCUGCAAGUUUGCAACUUAAGCAAUGAUGCGAGGAGUAAUAUGGAAAAGGAAUCAUGCAGUUUAUGCAUGAACCAAAGGCUGCAAUGUCAAUCAACACAAACACAAAGCGAGUGUCAUUUUGGACUCAAACCGAAGAUUUGCAACAGUACACGGAGAAAAACGUUAAGUGUGAAGAGUGAACAUAAACUACGUGCACAAAAUUUAGUUAACAACACUGAACCAGAAAUAAUUGGGGAUUGCUUACGCAAAAACCAUUUGAAAAAUCACAAAAUGCAUAGUAGAAAGUCUCCACUGAUGAAGGCACAUAACGCGUGCAAACCGAAAGUUUAUAACUGUGAUAGUAACUACGAUUACAUGCAAAACUACGACUAUGGGCACUCAGACACAAGUAGUGAAACUAAAGCAUUCUUUAAUGCACCGCACAAGCAUACUCCAUUCAAAUUCGAUUAUCAAAAGAUUUUUGAUAUACCUUUCGAACAGGAAGAUGAUAUAAAUAUAAAGAAAACAUGUGUAGCGGCAAUUAGAAGUGAGGAGCGUUUAAGCAAUCACCAUGCUGAAUCUAGAGAAAAUAUAGAUGAGGCAAUUAAAAACUGUACCAUGAAGGCAAUGGAAAACACUUUUCAAAAAAGCCGUAUAAAUGUUGAAUAUGACACCGAACCAUUAUUGCCAAGUGCGAAAGCAAAUACGUAUUAUGAUCCGAAUAAUAAAGCAUUAAUGCAUCAAAUGUUGAAGGAGGGAAUUGAAAGAUUGGCUAAGGAUACUAGAUAUGUCUUAGCAGCACUACCCGAUGCACAUAAAUUACCAAUUUUACGGUAUUGGAUAUAUCAACGCUAUGGCAAAAUCUAUACCCAGAAGGAAUUGUUCGAAAUUUUCAAAUCAUCGACGCUACUCUUUCGUGCGCUUCUUCAAAUUCAGAUACACGAAGCAUUACCAUCACCAACGGAUCUUGGGCGGGCAGUAUUUAUUGAUUAUAGUUGUCAUAAUUAUCUAAUGAAAAAGUGCGAUCGCAUAAAGGACUUGUUUUAUAAACGUGUAGACAAGGCAAUUUUGGCACAGUCUCGUCACCUCUACAUAGCCAUGACACCAUAUGUAUACGCUGGACGAUCACCAAAUAAAACAAUUUUCGCUUAUUUACCCUCACGACCCAAUGACAUACAGCACUUUCGGGUGUGGAGCCCACGCGACUGUAAACCAAAAUGGGCAAAACAUAAUAGACUUUCUGGUGCAAAACGUGCUACCAGAUUGGAAGCGCAUACGACAAGACGCAAUCAGCGAAUUAUCGAGGACUUUGUCAAGAAUGAAGAUGUGCCACAUUGGUAUCGCGGUUUGUCUUCCUUUCAAAUUGAGGCCGCACACCAAUUGCAUUAUGCUAUACGCGAUGACCUUGAACAGGGUACAACACAUCGCGUAUGGAACUUAUUAAAUCAUAUUGGCUUACGACCGAGCAUCAGUGGUACUAACAUACGUUUCCUCAUGUUCAUGAGCGGCGGCAAUGAUUUGGCAUUUUUAUGGUUCAUUAAAGAAUUAUUCUACAAAACCGAUGGACCAGAUUACAAUCUAAAUGAACAAUUAAUUCUAUCAAGCAUUGCUAAUCUGGACACAUUAUUCACGCUACGCGGCCUAGAUAGCAUACUGCCGCCUGAACAGCCGACAAAAGAAGAAAUUCGACGCAUUGCGAAGAAGAAAAUCGCCAAACAGAAAUUAAAAUUCCAAAACGAGACUGGAACCGAAAACGAAAAAACGACCAUCAAUAGCAUGCGAGUUAAGUAUAAGUUGCCAUACUUUGAUGAAUUGGUGCGGCCGCGACUUUAUGAGCAUCCGCUAACCUCAUUUCCGCCUACCUAUCGCACCAAAUUAAUGUUUGAAGAUGUACUUCGGGACUCGCAUUACGUCAUACCGAAUGAGAGCAAUCGCUGGUUUGCCGAUUAUCAAUUGCACCCCGGCAAGAAGACGGGUGUGGAAAUGCUAACCGACAAAAUGCAGCAAAUAUUCAAAACCAAAUUACCAAGGCAAUCGGUUAUGAUAAAAAACGUAUUUAAAAAACAGUUGCUUCAUAUUUUAAAUCCAGAAGUAUAUUUGCACGAGGAUAUGCAGAAAAAGAACUUAUGCUUACAUCAUCAAACAUUGGAGGAAAUGGAGAGAAAUCUCGAAAAUGAAUUACGUUGGCGAGCACAAGAAAAAUGCUUGAAAUAUUUCGAUACGGAAACACCCAAGCGGGAGGAGCGUAUUGAACGUAUCCGUAGACAGAUUGAAGAGGACGUUAAUGAGCUUAUGACGCAAUUCAAGCGAUUAGCUAGUCGCACUCGUAGUCACAUGCAGAUUAUUUCGCAAGAUGAGAUUCGAGUUUGUGACUCAAAGGAAUUUAACACCGCGGAACGUUUGUGCGGUGGCGCACAAAGCAAAUGGACUGAUUUGACAUGCCACAGUGAAACUUGCCUAACACAGCGAGAUUUCGGUUGCGUACACGAGCAUAAAGCAACUUCUACGAAGAGUAACGACAGUCUGCCGAGCUCUUCAGAAACGGGUACAAACUGGGUUGAAGAAAAGAUUGGCGACUGUUUGACUGUAACUGCGGAGGCCAAAGCGAAAUGCUGUAGGGAAUGCAAAACAAAGCCAUCAAAGUUUAAGCGCAAACGUGCAAACCCAUAUGCGACGAAGAAACAAAGUGUGCGCGAUAUUUUACAUAAGAUGCCUUGCGAUUGUGGUUACAAAUAUGUGAAAAACUACGAUUAUGGGCAUUCCGAGCAGGCAAAACAUGAAACGGAAUCGUAUUUCAAAGCACCCGAUGAAAAUCAACCGUACAUGUUCGACUAUCCCAAAGUGUUCGCACACAAGGAACGUGAAAGUACGCGUCUUAAUGUGCAGAAAGAAUUCUUAAAAAUCAUAAACAGCGAUUUAAAUUUAGAUAAGAAUGAUCCGAAUGCGCCAAAAAAUCUAGAUGAAGCUGUGAAAGCUUACGCAAAGAAAGCAUUCAAAGAAGGCGUGGCUGCUAAAAAUAUUGAAAUGGCUGCAGAGGAAGAGCUAGAGAAAAAUCGACGCAGAUAUCCUUUUUUGGAUGUGGAAAUGGAUUACUAUGAUCCGGAAGAUAGGAAAUUAAUGCAGAGUAUGCUGAAAAAUGCGCUCGAUUACUUGGCUAAAAAUCCAAAGUAUGUCUUAGCCUCAAUGCCUGACGCACAUAAACUGCCAUCCUUACUUUCGUGGAUGGAGACACGCUACGGUAAAACGUAUACGCGGGAGCAGCUGGUCAAAAUGCAUAUAAAAACACGUCCAACAUUCCGCGCUUUGAAACAGAUGACCGCAGACGUGCUGAUGCCCUCAGCCCGAAGUUUGGGCAAUGCCAUUUAUGUGAAUUACAAUUGCAGAGAUUACCUCAUGAAAAAGACCGAAAUUUUGCGCAAUGAAUAUUACAGAAGAUUGAACGCAUCUAUUAUGGAUCAAUCACGUACCUUUUACUUGGCAAUUAAGCCUCAUAUAUGCAAUCAUCCUAGGGACACUUUCUUCGCCUAUAUGCCGUCGCGUGAAGCGGACAUACAACACUUUCGUAUUUGGCGUAAUCACGAGCAUAUGCCCGCGAAGGAUGAGUUCUUCAAACGGAAAUGUCGUGCUAUGAAGUUGGCCAACCGAUUCUACUGAGUCUCAAUAACGGCGUUCCGGGUUUUUGUUUAGGUUGUAAUGUUAU